AUGUCUGCCCCUACCCGUCAUCAUGCGACCAUUGACGGAGCACUUCCAGCGGAACAGCACACACGCAAGGCAACGCGUAGUCCGCCCAAUGACGAUGUGUGCUGUAUAUACGUUCAUGCGGGUGCCGGAUACCACAGUCAUCAGAAUGAGAGGAUCCAUCUUGAAGCAUGUAAUGAUGCCGCGCAAAUCGCCAUGUUGAUCUUGAGAAACGGUGGAUCUGCGAUGGAGGCUGUCGAGGUCGCCAUCAAAACACUCGAAGAUCGAGAGAUCACCAACGCAGGCUACGGAAGCAACUUGGCUAUGGACGGCGUAGUGGAAUGUGAUGCCUCUAUCGUGGAUCAUUUUGGUCGCAGUGGAGCUGUCGGUGCUGUAGCCCAGAUCAAGAACCCCAUCUCCCUUGCCCGGCUAGUCUACGAGCACACGAUGCAUUCGCUAACCCUUCGCCGCGUCCCACCCAAUCUCUUGGUUGCUCAGGGUGCCACCGAAUUCGCGGUCGAGAUGGGCAUGCCUGUUCUACCUCAUGAUGCGCUGAUAUCGCCAGCCGCGAAAGAGCGCUGGGUUCGAUGGCGUUCCGACCUGAAGUCUGCUGAACGCAAGGCCAGGAAGGCUGGGAAUCACCCGUCGUGCUGGAGAAUACGAACCGACAUUGCACCAGACGAAGAGCAGAUCAGAAAGAGGAUGCGAGAACAACAUACACAAAACUUGCUCGGAAGUUACCCUGCUCGGUUUCAGUCGCCCUCGCCUGUUCCUUCCGACGAGAUGGUGUACUACCCUACUGAGGAAGUCUCGCCUGAUGUCUCCAACCCUUCGUUGACCCAAUCUGAGAAUUCGUCGGGCUCCUGGCCCGCUGAGGAGCAGAGUGUCAUGUCUGGUAUAUCUGCUCAGUCUCAAGUACCUGGCGAAGUCCAAUCUAAUACGGUUGCGGAAUCUUCUCGCAACGCUUUUAUCAACAGCACUCAGAAGGUACCCACACUGAGUCAGUAUAGGGGUCCAUCUCAUAUUCUGGAAAAUCCUAACAUGGGCGACGGCUCUGGGGAGGAAUCCGACUCGACCUCUAGCGUGAAAACCGUGACAGCGUUUUCAGCGUAUGCCUCAACAGCUGUUGCCGUCAACACUCCAUUACCAGACACACCCGUGCAGAAACACAUCGAGUCACCAUCGCCUGGCGUUUGCACUCCCUUGAGCCAUGUCAAGGAAACAGCUCCGCUUCCGCCUACUCCAGCCGGCCCGCAACCGUUAGAGCCUGAAAAGCCAGAUCAUAUCACUGACACGGUUGGCGCGAUUGCCGUGGAUAGCUGGGGUAGAAUUGCUUGUGGUGCCUCUUCCGGUGGCAUUGGAAUGAAAUAUCGAGGACGUGUCGGCCCGGCGGCUCUCGUUGGCGUCGGUGCUGCUGUCAUCCCUGUCGACCCUGAUGAUCCUGAGCAAACAAGUGUGGCAACAGUUACGAGCGGGACUGGCGAGCAUAUGGCAACGACGAUGGCUGCUACAGUCUGCGCUGAACGACUUUUCCAGAGUGUCAGAAAGAACAGAGGAGGAGAGUACGUCGAGGUGACAGAGGACGAAGCUCUCAGAGCCAUGAUUGAGAAUGAGUUCAUGGGACAUCCCAGCGUCAAGAACAGCAACUCCGCCGGCGCCAUUGGUAUCCUGGGCGUCAAGAAGAUGUACGGAGGUAUACUGAUCUACUACGGACACAAUACCGACUCCUUCGCCCUGGCAUCCAUGUCCUCGAACGAAGACAGGCCCGUCUGCACCAUGUCACGUAGCAACGGCAACGGGCAGAUCGCGCAGGGUGGUCGCAUGGUGCCAACUUCGCGACGCAAGAAGUCGAAGCCUACACCUCGCCAGCAGUACGUUGGGUGA